AUGGCGCUCGAACCCGUCAAGCCGACCGCGACAGUUUCGCAAGCGCCCCCUCGACGCAUUCCUGCGAUUGAGGUAUACUCUGCGAGCCAACCUGAAGAAAAAUCGAACACGAUAGCUGGUAUACCAGUCUAUACCCCUCCAAGCCCCGAUAUGCUACAACCGCGACAUGCUCGCCAUGCUCAUCUGAUGGCGAGCGAAAUCAAGUUGCAAGAGUGGCUGCGCGCUCAGUCUGUAUUGGCAGCUGCGACAUCUCCUGAUUACAAGCCCACAACAACCGACAUAGAAGACACGACGAAGGCAUCCAAGCCGGCUACUUUUAAUACCGUCGGCACCCUUCACAAUCCCAAUGCAACGGCACCGAUACACCCUCCCACUCGACGGCCUCGCACUCGUCGAUUCAACGGACUCCAGUCACCUCCGGGCCACUACGGUUACGGUCCGUUCCCCAAUUCACUCCUAUCGGCUUUGCCCGUGGCAGAAGCGGAGAUAUCACCCCCUCUCACAAAAACUACCUUGCCACAUUAUUCGCCUUUGCAGCAAAACCUUGAUCGAGCCGUCAGCCCCUUUGCCGAUGCAGAGAAAUCUCAAGCUGCUGUCAUGUCACUUCCUGCUAUCAGAGCCGGAAAUCUUCCAGCGCCUUCGACUGCGGCCUUGGGCGCCCUUCCCGACCUGAAGGAGAACACUUCAGCGACUGGAGAUGAUGACAGCUCCACUGGAGAUGAUAUACUCCUUGCGUCAACCUUCUCUGUCAAGAGUCUCACGAGCCUCGCAUCGUACCCGAACCCUAUGCAGAAGAAAGCUCAGAACACUCUCGCUCUGGCCAAGGCACGUACAGCUCAUUAUGGCAUCAACAAACCUGAUACACCCUCUUCGCUUCUCAGCAAGCCCUCAUUCACUGGAUGGAAUCAGUCUGCUAUUCCAUACGGCACCACAUCUGCCGCUAUAGGAACCCCAAAACCUCUUACGGCAGGCCCACCGGGGCAGCGACCAUACAAGCCAUCGACCGCGGAAUCUACUUACAGGAUCUUCCGCUCCUAUGAUGACGAGAGAUUACCUCUCCGUAACUCGCCAGGUUUUUUGUCCAUGGAGAAUGACUUCAGUGUCCGCGGUAAUUCUGCGCUUCAAUCACUUUCGAGCAGGAACAAAGAACUUCAUGGACCAGGCGAUCGACUGCAUUCAGUUUUAGUUUCAGGAGCAACUCCAGUUGAUGGCCGUCUUGGGGUGGCUCGGACUUCUUUCCUUGAAGAUACAGAAGAUAUAUCUCAGCAGCGUUUCGGCAACAAUGGCUGUUCUCCAAACAAGGUCCCAAAUCUGGAAACUCUGCCCCUUGACAAAGUCAUGCAUUACUUCAGAGAAGACUUGCCCAGCAGCUACUCUGGGCAAAGUUCCACCUUAGAUGAUCAUCGGCACGAGCGUUAUCCUCUUCAAUCUAGAGCUCUGUCCUGGAACCAAUCACCGGAAGAAGAAGCAUGGAGAAGAGAGAGAGUAGACCGAGUAUUCUACUCGGGCGUGAGGCUACUCGAGAAUAAGGCUAAUGAGCUACUGUCUAUCUCCUCUGCUAGAACUUCGGAGAGCAAAGUCGGGGUCAUUGGAGGUGAGCGCAGAGAGCCCAACAGUAACGAUGAGAAGGAGUGUGGCGACCCUUUGGUGACUAUGGCGCUGGCUACGCUGCUUGCUUGCAAGCAGGGUUCGAAGCUCAAUGAUCCACAGAAUCCCUUUCCGUCUGAUUGGAGCAAAGCUGAUCCAGCAUGGAUUGAUACAUCUGAGGAUGGCAACAAGAGUUUCUUCACCACGAAGCCAGAGCCGGUGAAGAAGAAGGUGGCCAGACGGGUCACUAGACGCGGAUACUGA